AUGUUCUCUGCCAUGCUGAUGGACGCCUACCGCGACGAACGCUCCGGGAUCCGCAUCGCCUCCAGGACGGACGGUUACCUCCUGAAUCAACGGUGGAUGCACUUCCAAUCGCGCUUAUCCACAACCACCGUUCACGAACUUCUCUUCGUCGGCGACUGCGCCCUGAACACCACCUCGGAAGAGGAGAUUCAACGGGGCAUGGACCUGUUCUCCGACGCCUGCGAGAACUUCGGUCUGGUCAUUAACACACAGAAGACAGUAGUGAUGCACCAACCGCCACCCAACUCAGACCCAGUCCCCAACGCGCCGCCGCAAAUCAGCGUGAACGGAACCCAACUGCAAGUGCUGGAGAACUUCCCGUAUUCGCGGAUACUUGGCUCUGUGAUCAUCUGA